AUGGCACCAACAACCAUCAUUCACUCGGUCCUCCUUUUUGACGGCAAUUCGAUUCACCAGGAUGCUACAGUCUCUUUUGACUCCUCAACUGGAUUGAUUACCUCAGUGUCCAAGGGGACGCCGUCCUUCCCAGAGGGUGCCAAUGUGGUCGAUGGCUCAGGCCAUACUCUUCUCCCUGGACUAAUCGAAUCGCACAUGCAUGUCCACGGCCUACAUCUGCCAACAGGGUCUGAUGAGAACGACAUACUCCGUAGCCCACUGAGAUGCGGUGUCACCACAGUGUGUGAUAUGCAUUCGGACCUCGAUGUUGUCAACAAAUGGCGGAAUCGCAUCGCAGAUGAAUUGAAACAAGCCAGGUCUGGAUGUGGCACUGUAUCCCUAUCGGAUCUGCGAACUGCGCUUCUAGGAGCAACAAUUCAAGGCGGGUGGCCUGGCCCGAUCGUAUUAGGCCCCAACCCAACAGAUGAAUUGAAAGCUUAUGUGAGCACGUGGCCCACCUUGACGGAAGCAAACGCGGCAGAAUUUGUGAAGGAACACAAGGCUAAUGGGGCAAACUACAUCAAACUCAUGCAAGAGAAUUGCUGCUCUCUGGCGUUACCGACGAACUCCAUUCCUUCCGCAACCCUCGAGCUGCAGACGGCUGUUGUCAAAGCAGCUCAUGCCGAAGGCUUACCAGUCGUUGGACACGCAACCAGCCUAGAAUCAACAGAAAUCGUCCUCAAUGCUGGUGCUGAUGGCCUCACGCACACAUUCAUUGACCAAGCGCCACCUCAGAGCAUCAUCGAUCUUUACAAAAAGACCAAUGCAUUCGUAAUCCCGACCCUCGUGGUCUUGAGCAGUUUGACCGGAGAGUUCCAAGAAGAAAGAGAACGAUUUGCAGAAAUCGCAUCUAAGCGUCGCGCAAUCGAUCAAGGCACCAAAGAGAAUAUGCUUGAAUUCCUCGGAUUAAAGGCGCCCGAGGCCAAGAUGGAGUACGCCUUCCAAACCAUCACAAAGCUGAGACGAGAAGGCAUCGACGUCGUCGCUGGGACGGACGCUGUUGCCGGUCUCAAAGGAACAGCCAUUGGGCCCAGUCUCUGGCAGGAGCUUGAAUGGUAUGUCCAGAAAUGUGGGUUCAGUGUACCCGACGCCUUGAAGUCCGCCACCGCCACUCCCGCUAAGCGUUUCGGUUUCCACGAUCGCGGAGUUGUGGCUGAGGGUAAGAGAGCAGAUCUUGUACUUGUCAAAGGAAAUGUGACCGAGAAGUUGCAGAGACUUUGGGAAGGAGAGGGCAUUGUAGCUGUAUGGAAGGAAGGUUUCAAGGCUUGA